AUGGAAGGGGAAUCUUACUUCAAUGCAACCACUGUCAAUGACACCCCAGUAAAUCACCAGCCUUUGGAACGCCAUGGGUUGUGGGAGGUCAUCACCAUCGCAGCUGUGACUGCUGUGGUAAGCCUGAUCACCACUGUCGGCAACGUCUUGGUCAUGAUCUCCUUCAAAGUCAACAGUCAGCUCAAGACAGUUAACAACUAUUACCUGCUCAGCUUAGCCUGUGCAGAUCUCAUCAUUGGGAUUUUCUCCAUGAACCUCUACACUAUGUACAUCCUCAUGGGACGCUGGGCUCUUGGGAGUCUGGCUUGUGAUCUCUGGCUUGCACUGGACUACGUGGCCAGCAAUGCUUCUGUCAUGAACCUUCUGGUGAUCAGUUUUGACCGUUACUUUUCCAUCACAAGACCUCUCACAUAUAGAGCCAAGCGAACCCCAAAGAGGGCUGGCAUCAUGAUUGGCUUGGCCUGGCUGAUCUCCUUCAUCCUCUGGGCCCCAGCAAUCCUCUGCUGGCAAUACUUGGUCGGGAAGCGAACAGUUCCACCAGAUGAGUGCCAGAUCCAGUUCCUCUCUGAGCCCACCAUUACUUUUGGCACUGCCAUUGCUGCCUUCUACAUCCCUGUUUCUGUUAUGACCAUCCUCUACUGCCGAAUCUACCGGGAAACAGAGAAGCGAACCAAGGACCUGGCUGACCUCCAAGGCUCUGACUCUGUUACUGAAGCUGAGAAGAGAAAGCCUGCUCACAGUGCUCUGUUUAGAUCCUGCUUUAGCUGCCCUCGACCCACGCUGACCCAGAGAGAAAGGAACCAGGCCUCCUGGUCAUCCUCCCGCAGGAGCACCUCCACCACUGGGAAGCCAUCCCAAGACCCUGGCCCAAGCGCCGACUGGGCCAAAUCUGAGCAACUCACUUCCUGUAGCAGCUACCCCUCCUCAGAGGAUGAGGACAAGCCCAGCACUGACCCUGUCUUCCAAGUGGUCUACAAGAGUCAGACCAAGGAAAGCCCAAGGGAAGAAUUCAGUGCUGAAGAGACCAAGGAAACUUUUGUGAAAGCUCAAACUGAAACAAAUGACUAUGACACCCCAAAAUACUUUCUGCCUCCAGCUGCUGCUCAUAGAUCCAAGAGUCAGAAAUGUGUGGCCUAUAAAUUCCGAAUGGUGGUAAAAGCGGACAGGACCCAGGAGACAAACAAUGGCUGUCACAAGGUGAAAAUCAUGCCCUGCUCCUUCCCAGUGUCCAAGGACCCUUCAACAAAAGGCCUCGAUCCCAACCUCAGCCAUCAAAUGACAAAACGAAAGAGAAUGGUCCUAGUCAAAGAGAGGAAAGCAGCCCAGACCUUGAGUGCAGUUCUCCUGGCCUUCAUCAUCACAUGGACCCCUUAUAAUAUCAUGGUCCUGGUUUCCACCUUCUGUGACAAGUGUGUUCCAGUCACCCUAUGGCACUUGGGCUAUUGGUUGUGCUAUGUCAAUAGCACUGUUAACCCCAUCUGCUAUGCCCUCUGCAACAGAACCUUCAGGAAGACCUUUAAGAUGCUGCUUCUCUGCAGAUGGAAAAAGAAAAAAGUGGAAGAGAAGUUGUACUGGCAGGGGAACAUCAAGCUACCCUGA